ACCCCCACCCCCGACCCCCUCCCUCCACCCGCCCCUCCUAUAGCUGGAGCCAUGCAGUCGUUCAGCAGAGAGAGGAGCGGUUUCCAUGGCAACCAGCCCUGCUACCAGCAGGAGCACCAUGAAUUAUCACGCCUGGAGAGCUACCGACAACACCCCCACCACGGACAGACCAGGCAGGUCUACGAGGCGCAUGCGCUGGCCACCGCUACAGGGAUGCCUCCAGCGGGACCAGGAGCCGGGCCUGGACCAGGAAGUGGACCCAUACCUGGACCUAAGGACUGUUACAGCCAGCAGGCAUACCCUGGAUACCCCCAGGGUAAUGGAGGUGGUGUGGGUGGUGGUGUGGGUGGUGGAGGAGGUUCGACGCCUCAUGAUAAGAAGGCUUACAGCGGGGGGAGCCAAGGACCUCCUCCCACUCCCCAGCAUAUGCAGGCGGGUGGCUACAGCAAUCACAUGGGCCCGGGGGGAUACCCGGCCCAGUAUAUGAGUGAGGGCCACCUCCAGCAGUCUAAGUGGGACGACCCAGCUCAGCUAGCUCAGUACGAGCAGGAGAUGGUAGGCAGGAUGGAGCCAGGUCCCCCUGGGUCCUCCCAGUAUCUGGACCAGAACAUGCUGGCUCACUCCCAGAGCCAGUGUCACCAGCCCCACCAGGCCUCUGCUCCGGUCUACACCAGCCCACACCACCAGCCCCAUCCCGCAAACCCAGGCCAGUCCCCGUUGAUGUACCCCCAGAGCCACCUCCACUACCCCCAACAUCCCCCGUCCCCCUCGCCAUCCUCCUCCUCCUACAUGGAGAAGUGCAGCCCAAUGCCCCACUGUUACAAGGGAUAUAGUAUGCCGCCCAGCUCCCAGUACACUAGGCAGAUGGGCAGCCACAGUGGUCUGAAGCAGGGGGGAUACCGCCCGCCACCCCAGAACAGUUACAGCUACCAACAGACUCCCUCCAGGGGUGGCUACGAGCCCCAGCCCCCACUACAAGGCAUUCCCACUCCCCAGGAGACCCACCCCAAAUACCAACACUUCAGCCAGCCCCAGCAGAACUACUGUCUGUCCGAGCUGUCCGUCAGAUCCCCUGAGCAGUACUACCAGACAUGUAGUCCCGCCUCCAGCCACUCCCCUGCACGCUCUGUAGGCCGCUCACCCUCCUACAGCUCCACCCCUUCCCCUUUGAUGACCAAUCCAGAGAGCUUCCAGUACAGCCAGCCACCAAUGACCCCAGGGGCGGCUUCUUCGUCCUCCUCUUCCUCAGCGGGUCUGCAGGACCAGGGCUUGCUGAUGCCGCCGCGCUCCCACCCGUCCUCGUCCCCCAAUGUGGCACACCCAACCCCGCAGCACAGCUACACACAGGGGGUUUCCAUGAAGGAGCGCUUCUCUGAGAAGCUGCUUGCCAACCCCAGCCUGUGGAGCCUGAAUGCCCUCACCUCUCAGGUGGAGAACAUCUCCAACAAUGUGCAGCAGCUGCUGCUCUCCGAGGCCAUGGUCGCCAACAAGAAGGGGGCCAAGCGCAGCAGCAUUGGGAGCAGUGGAGGCAGCUCCUCCAAGAAGGAAGAGGUUUACAAAGGAGUGCCAGGAGGCCCUGAGGGUCAGCAUGGUGGGGGUCCCAUGCAGGACCCCUACAGCACCAACCAGCACCAGCUCGUCCCCAUGGAGAUGCAGGAGGGGGGGUACUCCAGUAGUUCUGACGAGCAGCUGGAGAGGGGGUACUACUACUGCGGCCAGGGCAGGAGCCCAGCUCAGGCCCCCAACAACACACACUUGGGCCUGGACACGGCCUCAUCCUGCUCCAUGACCUCUCCGGAUGACAUGUCCACCCGGUCUGGUGACUCUGUGUCCGGCCUGCAGAGCGUGGCUUCCAGGGACAACAUGACCCCUGACCCCAGGUCACAGGGGGGACACGAACCCCGACAAACCCCCAUGAAGAUCGUGGGGGAUGAGAGGUCCCCCGUGAGUGUGACGAUUCCCAGCCCCAUGAAGCAGGAGAGCCAGUCCCCUCCAGACAUCCAACGUCUUGGCUUGCCACUGAAGGAAAACUUUGAGGAGUUGGCCUGGACAGAGAAAAUAGCAGACUACGAGGAUGAUGGCGUGAAAAAGACCUCCGACAGCGAGAGUGACCUCAGAGGCAGCGAUAAUGUCACAGAUACCUCUGAGAAGCGGGAGAAAUGGCCAGAGGACGAGAAAGGCCCAGCGCUGUAUAGCAAGAUCAACAAAGCAGUGACCGAGGGAAAGAGCUACUGCUACGACGAGAACAUGUACCACAAGAUACAAAACAAAUAUGACCAAGGCAAAGGGGACUCGGCGGAUAAGUCCCCAAGCCUCUCAGACUCCAGCCACAAGGGAGACCUGGGCCAGGAGAUGAAAUCGGAGGCCUUCAAAUCCGAAUCUCCCACUGACUCUGAGAGCUCAGUGAAGACAUCCCCCUAUAUUUCCAGGGGUGACCUUGACCAAGAUCAAUAUUUAACAGAGAAGGAAGACAGCUCGGAGAACACAUCCCCUACCCCGCGGGGCGAGGCUUUGGACCAGAGGCUCUCUGCCUCAGAGAAGAGAGAGAGCAGAGAAGAAGAGGGGGAGGAUGAGGAGGGGGAGGAGGAGAGAAACCAGAAGUCCAUAUCUUCUCCUCUGUCUGCUGAGGAGAGAGAGGGAGAAGAGAGUGAGAGCCUGCCAUCAACUGAGAAGGACCUCAACAAUAGAACGAGCCCACAGGAGGAGCCUUUUGGGGAACUGUGCAGCAGAACAGAAGGCCAGAGCCUGGCUGAGCCUCAGCCUUACAGUAACACAGAGUCUGCAGAGACAGAACGCCAAGCAGCACAACCGGAUGCAACAGCAGCAGCAGCAGAAUCCCCAGAAAGUGGGUCAGCCAUUUGUGACACUCCACCCCAGUCUCACUCAGCCAUGAUGGUUUUCUCAGCUCUCAGCGAGAUAGCAACACCUCCAGCUCCGUCUCACACCAGGGACCAUAUUGAUCACAGCGAUUCCAACGUGCUGGAGCCUGACUCCCCUCAGCUGCCGGGGAAGUCCAUACUGCACUCAGCGCCCUCCUGGGCCAACACCCCACCAUCGCCAAAGAAAGGUGAUGAGGACAUGGAGCCAGGCAUCAGCUGCCCAAGCGCUGUGACCCCCUCAGCCAAGCCAGAACCCGUGGCCCCAUCUGCACACCCGCAGGCUUUCGGCCGGAAGCACGGCCGAGGCAGGAGGAGACUGAUGCACUCAGGUGUGGAAUUCAGGAGACAGCUGAGUGUGGAGAGAGAGGGGGAGAGUGCCCCCUCGCCACCGCAGAAACCCUGCAUGCCCUCCAGCAAGAGUGCUCUGUUCUCUGAUCAGCUAGACAUGUCCGCUCACCAGGACAUAAUCACAACGAGCGAGACACCCAAACUGCUUGUUGAGGGAUCCCGCUCCAGAAUGUGCACUCGCUCAUUCAACGCGCAGGACACUCCUCCUAAGGAUCCCCAGCCCCCUGAAAGACGGAAACCAGGGCGGAAACCAGGUUCGAAACCAGGCCCAAAACCAGGCCCGAAGUCAGGGUUAAAACCAGGGCCUAAACCAGGACCAAAACAAGGUUCAAAGCCAAGUCUAAAACCAGGACCAAAACCAGGUUUGAAACCCGAUUCGAAGCCCAGCCCAAAACCAGGUUUAAAACCUGGGCCUAAACCAGGCCCAAAAACAGUUCUAAAACCAGGGCCUAAAACGGGUCCAAAACCAGGACCAAAACCUGGUCCAAAACCAACUGAAGGAGCACCCCGUGGUCGUCCCAGGGGUACGGGCUCUAAGUCGAAGUUGGCAGAACAGGAAGGUCCCAUUCAACCCAUAACAGGGGGUCCAGGAAGAGGCCAGAAGAGCUUGAGCAUCAACAGUCAGCAAGGUGAUGGGAAACAGGAAGUGAAAGCUCCAGGCAAGGACGGAAAGAACAUGGUCCUGAGAUCCAGAAAGCCCCCCCAGGAUAAGCUUCCAAAGGAAAAAGAGAAGGCGCAAUCUGAGGGAAUCCUGACUCAAACCCUGACAGGUAUAACAAAGCCCAAUGCAGUGUCACAAAAUGAGGAACGUAUGAGCAUAGAGCCAGCCAUCCCUGUCUUUCCUAACCAGACAGACACAAGUAUAACAGACACCAGUGUAACAGACUCCAGUAAACCAGACACCAGUGUAACAGACACCAGUGUAACAGACGUCAGUGUAACAGACACCAGUAAACCAGACACCAGUGUAACAGACACUAGUAAACCAGACACCAGUGUAACAAACACCAGUGUAACAGACGUCAGUGUAACAGACACCAGUAAACCAGACACCAGUGUAACAGACACCAGUGUAAAAGACACCAGUGUAACAGACACCAGAGUAACAGACCCCAGUAAAACCAACACCAGUAUAACAGACACCAGUAAACCAGACACCAGUGUAACAGACACCAGUAAACCAGACACCAGUAAAACCGACACCAGUGAAACCGACACCAUUGCAACAGACGUCAGUGUAACAGACACCAGAGUAACAGACACUAGUGUAUCAGAUCCCAAUGUAACAGAGACCAGUGUAACAGACACCAGUGUAACAGACACCAGUGUAACAGACACCAGCAUAAAAGACAACAGUGUAACAGAUACCAGUGUAACAGACAUUAGUAUACCUGUCGCUCCACCUGAGAAACCUAAAGAACCGGCUGUAGCUGUACCUCUUGAAACUGCACCUGUACCUCCACUCAAAAGAAAACCCAGUCCUCUGCCUCUAGAGCCUCCGGUGAAGAAAAAGCGAGGUCCAAAACCAAAACCAAAACCACAACAGCCCCAGCCUGAAACUCCCCAUUCUGACCAGGCCAACCAGCCUCCAUUAGUCAAACCCAAGGAGAUGGGUGUCCGAGGGCCCAAGAGAAGGCUAAAGAGAGGCAGACACAUCAAGGCCUCUCUGAUCACUGUGCUGACCAAAGAUAACCCUCCUCCCACGAUGGCUGACGGUGAUGUGGUUAGUGAAAUGCCCAGUAUCCCUUCUCAGUGUCCCACUAAAACCAAGUACCUCCCCCCGCGCAAAGGCAGGGGUCUGAAAUACGAGGCCAUGGUUCAGAAAAUAAACUCGGGCACCGGUUCGAAGAAACACCCGCCAACACCACAGCCCGAGAGCACAGAGGCGACAGUAGAUGAAGUGACGUCAAAGCCUGUGUCGCUGCCCGUCUCGGAGGAGAGCGAGGCCCCAGUGGCGGCGGUGAGCGCCCCUGAUGUGUCACGGGAGGAGUUAGCAAGGGACGUGGGGAGCUCCACGGGGGCCCAGAACACAGAACAGGAGAGAAGGGUGCAGCAGAACACCGGGGAGGGGGUGCAGCCGGAGCCACUCCCAUCAGGGGUGCCAGACGCUGCAGCGGCGAGCGGCGCCAACAAACCCACCAGGACCAAGAGGAGGAAAUGGGCCAUGGUAGAGAGCACGGACGCCACGGUGGUCGCCAUGGAGACGGGGAGCCUGAUCAUCAACACUCCGCGGCUGGCCAAGCAGAGGGCCAUCAAGAACAACCACGAGAUGCACCUGAAACAGAGGAGGAGGAAGAGGAAAGGAGGACAGCCUUCAGAGGGGCCUGUGGCUGACGAGGAGGUAGAGACAACAACAGCAGAACAGCAGACAGAGACACCCACUGACACAGCGUUAACAACAACGCCUGCUCUACCAGCCGGCCCAGGUGAGAUCACAGACAGCCCGCAGGUGAUCGCCACAGAAAUGAUCCAGCCGCCUCCCUCCAAACGAGGGAGGAAGCCCUCUUCAUCCCCCUCCAAAAAGAGAGGGAGAGCACCAGGUGAACAGCAGAGCAGCAAACCUCUGAGGGUUCACAAAAAACCUGGUCCUAAAAAGGGAAUCAAAGACGCCAUGGAGGUGAUUGAAGCGGUGGUAAAGGCUGCAGGGAGGGAGGCCAGACUCAAGAAGAAGAAAUGGAAAAAGGAAAGCCCUGCAGUGUCAGAGGAAAAGCAGCCAGAGCCCUCUCUCAAACAGGUACUGAGUAAGACUCCUAAAAGCAGAAUCAAACACUCCUUCUGUCCAUAUGUGCGUAUGGACAGCUCCAGAGACUUCACCUCUCUCUGUACCAUCGUCAACAGGCGUGAUGAAGAGCUGAAGAUGGUGCUUCAGAAGCCCUGGAAAAAGAGCCCGGACAAAAUUAAAAACCCAGUCACAGUUGCCAAGGCGAUACCCAGCUCCUCAGCUAUGCUCCAGGGGCCCUUGGUUAACAAAACGUUAAUUGACAGGUGUCUAACGUGUUGCCUGUGUGGAAAGCCAGCAAAUUACCGUGAGCUGGGGGAUUUGUGUGGGCCCUACUUCCCAGAGGAUAGCAUCCCCCGCAAAAUCCUGUCAGCAAGACAUAUAGAAACCCCGAGGGAAAACGGAGAGAAAAUAAGCUCCAACAGUAGCAUCAGGGAACCAAGCAGCAGCACCCCAACAAGCGAAGGAGACCCCGGCUUCAAAAAGGAAGUUAGUAAAAAGGUGGAUAUGGAGACAGUCACAAAGCAGGGCAGUAGUAGUAGUGGUGGGAGUCACCAUCUUCAGCCCCACCCCCACCAUUGGCGCCCCAGGAGGGCAGAGAGGGCACCGGCGGAGGGCGGAAGCACGCACCGGCCCACCCUACGGGAUCGGUUCAGGAGGAUGCAGAAGCUCCAGGGGGAGAGGAGGGCUGCGGAGGCCACAGCUGGUGGUCAGGAAGGGGGCAAUGGAGGAGGAGGCCUCCUCCAGAGACUGCAGGGGGAGGCUGAGGCUAAGGAACACUGGGCCCAUGAGAACUGUGCUAUCUGGACCAAUGGGAUCAUCAUGGUGGCAGGGAGGCUGUACGGCCUGAAAGAGGCUGUUCACACCUCCACAGAAACGAGCUGUUCCAAGUGCCAGAGAGUGGGCGCGUCCAUCAGCUGCUGCUGGAAAGGAUGCCCUCACAAAUACCACUACAUCUGCGCCAAGGAGAUAGGCUGCAUGUUCCAAGACGACAACUUUUCACUGAAAUGUCCGAAACACGAGACUGACAGACAAGGGCUUUGUAAAAUAGAGCACUACCCAGCCCCAGUGAGCAUCACCUAUGCAGUAAGACAGAGAGACAGACAGAUAGGACAUCCCUCCACCCAAACCUGAUGAUGAUGAGUCAUGAUGAGACGUCAUGACGGACAGACGCAUCAGCCAAUGGGGACGGCUGGGGAUCCUCUGAGGCACCACCAAUGGCAGCAAUACAGACACAAGACAGCAGGUCCCUCAGAGCAACCCCCGUAACCCCUGGCAACGGCACUGCUUUAUCUCAGCCACCCCUGAUAACCAGACAGAGAGACAGAGAGACAGAGAGAGGGACUGCAUUGUCUGUCUGACAGACAGUCUCCUUCACGGACAGACGGACUGCGGUGUUUUGAGAGAGUCUUUCACAGCCCUGUCUGUCUGUGUCUGGAGUCUAGACACCUGGCAGCCAUGGUUACUUAGAGACCACCCCUCCAGAGAGAGAGGGGGAGAGAGAGGGGGAGAGACAGGGAGCUGUUUUAAAUUCAUGCUGCACUGUUCUGCCUCCGGAACGGUCGCUAUCAUUUUUGGACACCUGGUGGAUUGCGAUUGGCCAGAAUAGGCCCCCUCCGGCUAUGCUGUCCGAGUUCCAGGUCGCGGUGUGUGUAUGACAUCAACUGUGUGUGUGUGACAUGGACUGUGUGUGUGUGUGCUUGUACAAGGAAGGGAACGAGCGUGUUCCAAUUCAAGAUGUCAUGCGUCAAAAGAAGCCGCCCCUCCCCUGGAUGUAUCUCAAUGUGCGCUUAAGUGUUAUAAAAAUGUACAUUGCGUGUUUUAACAGAUUCUAAAUAUGAUUCUGAUAUUGACAGAAAGAACAAAUGACUGAAUAUAACGCUCUUCUUCCGGUAUGUAUUUUGAUGUGCAUAUUGCGGCUAUACGACACCAUUGAGUCAGCGUUGGUAUCUGUCCCGCUUUGUGUUCAAUUAAACAUUUUUAUAAAAAUAAAGCUUUCAAUAUUCACACUAGCGUACUACUUUAGAAUGCAUGCCUUAUACAUUGCUUCAUUCUAAGUGGGUAGUGUGCUAAUUUGGAUAUUGGGGGGCAAAACUCUGGAGGUCACCGAGUCGAAGGUCAGACGUGUGCUCAUACAACAUGAUGUACAGUAGACGCCACAUCAUCACCAUAAAGGUUAAAGGUCAGGGCUUAGGGCCCGGCCGGCAUCAUCUCACACGUCAUGUCAUCUCAUCACAGUUCUUCAUCAAUAUCUCUGUCCAUCCUCUCCAUCACCAAAGGCUGCUGUCUCCAUAAAAAUGAACAAGUAUUCGACUCCAAUAGAUUCUUAGUCCUACACGACUUGAGUUCUCAGCACCAUAGAGCUGAAUCAACCGUACAGAGACUCAAAUAUGUCAUAAUAUGGACACCGUACAGUAACACAGUCCUCCCCAUUAAAUGGGGAACCGUGACUGUUGUACGGUGUCCGUAUUCGGACUGUUUCAGUUUUCUGACUCCACAUCAAGUGUGUCUCUCUCAUUCCUUUCUCUGUACGUGGCACUCACAGUAGCGUAGGCUGUUCCCCUUACUGCAGCAUUCUCACACACACAGACAGCCUCUUUAGGGUGUGGUGUACAGUACUUCAGUACUACUUUAGGGUGUAGUGGACAGUACUUCAGUACUACUUUAGGGUGUAGUGUACAGUACUUCAGUACUUCAUAUCAGUGGACACAUACAGUAUUAGGGUGUACAGUACAGACAAGACCACAAACCUCUUCUUCUUCUGAUUCUUGAUUAUGAUGCUCUCAUUAUUUAACGGUGUAUAUAAGUAUUUGACGCUGUUUAAAUGUAAGAUGUGAUGUACUAAUAUAAUUGUGUAUAGUAUUUCCUAGAGAUGUUUAUUUUCUAUAAAAUGAAUAUGUUAUUGCUUAUAAAAUGUUAUUAAAGAAUCCAUUCAGAAAAGAGACGUUUGGGAAUGUCCCUCGUUCUAAGUUGAGCAUGCAGUGUUUUUCAUUGUUCAUGUCUUCACUGUUUGAAUCGAUGACACUACAGCAUCAAUUUGUGUGAACUGUUUUUGUAACGCCAAUGUCAAAUAUACCAGCACCUUUCAACGCUGCCCAGACCAAG